AUGGUAUCUUUAAACUCGAAAGUGGUCGAUCCUACAAAGUCGAGAUGGGCAGCUUGGCUUGGUGGAAAAGGAGCGAGGCAGCGUCUCCGCGGCGGGGGGAGGUGGCCCGCUGCUCGGCCUCCCGCGGGCGCCAGCGGCCCGCCAGGAGAGAGCGGGGGCUGGCGGCGCGGCCGGGCCGGCGGAGGGGCGCCGCGUGCCCGGGCCCGGGGGGAGCAGGCCCGGGGGGCGGCCCGGCCCGGGGAGGAGCAGGCCGGAGGCAGGGCCGGGGGCGGCGGCGGCCUGGCGCCCGCCCCCGGCGCGGCCCCUCUUCAGCGCCGCGGGCGGCGAGGGCGGCGGCGGACGCCGGCGGGGCUGCUGGGCUACCUGGGGCCGGGCGCCGGCGUGCUGUGGGCCCUGGAGGGCCCGGCCGAGCGGCAGGCGGCCCAGCGCCUGCUGCAGCAGCGCUGGGAGCUGCUGGCCAACUACACCUGCCUGCCGGGGCCGGCGCCGCAGCGGCUCGUCCAGGAUAUCAUCCAGGCCUACAAGAGUGGUAUAAUCCUCCAGGGAAACUCCACUAGUCUGGGCAGGUGGGACUUCAGUGGAUCUUUCUUCUUCUCCAUCUCCACAAUAACAACCAUUGGCUAUAGGAACCUAAGCCCCAGCACUGCAGCUGGUCGAAUCUUCUGCAUUUUCUUUGCCCUUUUUGGGAUCCCCUUGAACCUUGUUCUUUUGAAUUCAAUUGGGCAGCUGAUGCUGUCGGGAGUUCAGCAUUGUGCCCAUCGCCUGGAGGAGAAGUUUCAUUGGCAGAAAAAAGCUACCCUCCUGAUUAGGAUCUGCGCACUGCUAACUUGCUUGUUACUGUUCCUCCUGCUACCUCCUGUGUUGUUCUCUGCCAAAGAAGGAUGGAGUUAUGAAGAAGGCUUCUACUAUUCCUUCAUUACUCUAAGCACUAUAGGGUUUGGAGAUUAUGUGAAUGGGAUGAACCCAGACCACACCUACCCAGGCUGGUACAAAAAUGUAGUCUCUCUGUGGAUCCUCUUUGGGAUGGCCUGGCUAGCAUUGGUUAUCAAAUUUUGCAUGAACUUACUGGAGAGCUCCAGUGACUUCUGCCAGUGCAACAAGAAGAGCAAAGAGCUGUCAGAAGACUUAAUGGAUGGCAAAAAAAAUAGUGUGACGGGACUUGAUGAUGUGGAGAGCUGCAGUGGCAAGGACACAAAACAAAAGGACCAGACUGAAUGGCACAUCCACACAGCUCCUACAGAAGCACUUUAGAGAAGAAACAUCCCCUUGGUGUCUCUUUGGUGUUAGUCCACCAGAGGUUACUGCUUAGAAAUGUGGGAAUAGAGCUGCCCUGACGUUCACAUGGGAAUGAAAACUUGUUUAUUGACUCUGAAAUGCUUCUAUUCUGAUUUGAGCAAUGACAACAAAAUGUUUCAUAUGUGGCACCACCAAGAAUUAACCAGCAGGAUGCUUAAUCAAAAGCUGAUUUACAGAGAUAGUACAUACCCUCCCACCCCAAUGUAGAAGAUACACUUUGACAUCUGUACCCAACACUGACCAGUGUCCUUUUUUUUGCAUGGAAAGUUCUUGGAGCCUCCCAUUGCAUGUGUGGCAUUUUGGAAAUGCCACAACUAGAAUACCAUGUGCCAUUUCAUACAGAAAAACAAAUUUCAUGUCGCUAAAGACAAAACACUGUUUUAAAAUGGCCUGGCAGCCACUGCAGACAUGCUCCAUGACCGAUAUGCUUAUACUUGCCAAAGGUGAUAACAUUCUUUUGCUUAUCUGAUUCAUAGAUGGCAAUGAGGCAGAGCAUGUAUAGGUGCCUAGUAGAGAUGGAAUAUUCAUGAAGGACAUUUCUGCACCAGAGGUUGAUCAAUAUUGAAAAGAGACCAAUAGGGUGGGUAGGUAGGCCAUUCCUUACCCCAGAACUUAUGCAGGAUCAUCCUCUGUAAAGUAUUAGGUAGAUCAGAUGUAAUCAGCUAAUUGUGACAGUUCAUUUAAGUAGAACUUUUCCUUUUACUUCUUGGAAGCUAAAAAAAGGAGGACUAGAGGCAGUUUUAAGUGUCAGUGGUUCCAGGAUUGUCACAGGCUCAAUGUUAGCAAGGGCUACUUUAAUCUAGAAGCGGUUGUAACUUUGACUGUGAUCAAUGGGAAAAACCAAGAGAUGCUAUUCUGAUGAGCUGAUGGCAUAAAUGAGUGAUGUGUCUUUUCGUGUUAAUGUCUUUAUAUAAGCACAGCUAUCUUUUAUUUGUGGAACUACAGGCCUGCUCAUGUCGCCCUUCUGUCAAUCAUGAAAUGGAACUAUUUUUUUUAUUAUUAUUCCAAUAAAUCCUCAAAAAUCUUUUCAUAAAUUAUGCCAUUUUAAACGGUUUAAUAGAGUCUAACUCCUGCUGCCAUUUGUAUAUCCAUUUCUAAUUUUCUCAUUUCUUAUUCUUGUUGUGAUACUUGCA